AAGAACCAGAAGAAGAAGAAGAAAGAAAUAUUAAAAUUUAGAGGCUUUUAACUUUUUCUACCGUUCCAUACAAACCAUCUUCUGCGUUUCUCCUUCUCUGUUUUCAGCUUCAAUCUUCGAAAGAAUCAAUGGCGAACACUCUUCCCCGAAGAAUUAUCAAGGAAACCCAGCGGCUUCUCAGUGAACCAGCUCCUGGGAUAAGUGCUUCUCCUUCCGAGGAAAACAUGCGAUAUUUUAAUGUUAUGAUUCUUGGCCCAGCUCAAUCACCUUAUGAAGGUGGAGUUUUCAAGUUAGAAUUGUUUCUUCCUGAAGAAUACCCAAUGGCAGCUCCCAAGGUUCGCUUCCUGACCAAAAUAUAUCAUCCUAAUAUUGAUAAGCUUGGAAGGAUAUGCCUUGAUAUUCUUAAAGACAAAUGGAGUCCAGCCCUCCAAAUUCGAACGGUAUUGCUGAGCAUCCAGGCUCUUUUGAGUGCUCCAAACCCUGAUGAUCCUCUUUCUGAGAACAUUGCGAAGCAUUGGAAGACAGACGAAGCUGAAGCUGUUGAGACAGCAAAGGAAUGGACCCGUUUAUAUGCAAGUGGUGCAUGAUGAUGGGAGUUUUAUGCUUGUACGAAUUUCUUAAAUGUACGUUAAACUUAAUUGUUGUCUUUUGGUCUUAAAAUAUUAAUGGAGAAAUGAUUUGUGAAUCUUUUGGACUUCAAAUUCACUGAAGUCAUCUUCCGGAUGAACAAAUGAUUUCUGAACUUAUCAAUGAAAGAUGAAUCUUGUGAAGAAA